UUCUGAUAGCACUGGCUUUAUAAAGGGGCAGAGGAUCAGGAAUUAUUUAUACAGACUCUAAUACUACAGUGCGUCAUGGCGGUGUCCGGUCAUCUCGGGUUGGCGUCUCUGGUCGUGUUGAUGCUGGCGUCUCAGCUGGACUUUUCCAGCGCCGCCGUGCUCGUGUAUGACUUGCACGCCAACAACCUGUCCGGUGAUGCUGCUGGAAACAAACCCGAUCCGUACCUCAAGAUCUGGUGUGGUGGCUCUUUCGAGGAUACAAAUUACAUCAAAGAUAAUUCUAAUCCUCAGUGGACAGAGAGCUUCACCUUCUCAAGCUGUGAUUCCGGCGACAAACUGAAGAUGGAGGUGUGGGACAAAGACACGACGACGUACGAUCACUUGGGCUGGUACAGUGGACCAUGUGACGAAACCCUGAAGCUGGAGGUGUGGGACAAACACCUGAAUUUUGAUGAUAACCAGGGCAAGUGUACCAAACUGAUGCAAUAUUGGUCUUUCAGUGUUUCUUGUAAUCUGAGCAAGGGAACUGUGUUUUACAGAUAA